GGCCACGCAUCAACAAACUGUCGCCCAUUCCAACAAUUUAGACAUCGGCGCUGCAACAAUGAAUGUCGUUUAUAAUUCAGCCCUGCGGCUGAGCAAGUCUAUCCGCAAUGACUUAGGCGAGCUGGAAAGCAAAGGUCAAGCAACACCCGGCGAGAUUGGCAACAUCUCUGCUUCGAUAGCGUCAUUCACAAAGUCUCUCGACGAGUACAAUAGCCUUGCCCGCCAGGAAAUCGUUCCUAAGAAACAGGAAGAAGCCUUCAGCAGAGUAAAGAAAUUCCGCGAGGAUCUGUCCGGCUUCCGCAACCAAAUGGACUCGCUCAAGAAGGCGCGCGAGGAGGCACAGCAUCAGAACAACAGAGCCGAACUUCUUGGCCGUCGGCCGUACAAUGCGACACCCGAAAAUCCAUACGCAAAUGUCACAACCAGCAACCCCGCCUUCCCCCAGAGCUCCCAACCGUCCAACGUCAUGAGCACCGGCUCUGGCGACGAAAUGCGCGAGGCACACGCCUUUAGAGAACAAAAUUUCUUCGCCAACACAAACCAGGCUCUUGAUGACUAUAUUGCCCGCGGCCAGGCCGUGCUGGGAGACCUGGGUCAGCAGCGCGAGAUGCUGAAGAACACACAAAAGCGACUCUACAGCGUUGCCAACACUCUUGGCGUCAGCGGUGAGACGAUCCGCAUGGUGGAACGCCGGGCCAAGGAAGACAAGUGGAUUUUCUACGCUGGUGUAGUGAUCUUCUUCCUGUUUUGCUGGCUCGUUUUGCACUACUUGCGAUAAGCAAUGUUUGUGGCAGUGGUGGCAUAGAAACGAAAGUUAAAAAUGGGCACAUAGAGCAUCUAGCGCGGCGUUAUAUCGGUUUGCAGUCAAUGGAACAGGGUCGUAAUGAUUAAUAUACUUCAGAAUAUAUCCAAAAAUUCCUUUUGUUUUUAGUUGUUUUGUCCUGGUUUUAGAGUUCAUGCAUCGUCAUCGUUGUCGCCCUGGCGUAAAGCGACGGUAAAAAUCACGUCGUGAGUCGUUUCAAUCUCGACAAUCUUUGUUUCUGGUAGAAUGUGGUUGCUGGUACUGAUGCGACCACCGAUGCGUGUAUCCCAGUUUGUAACAUCCCAUUCGAGACCUUUAGUAGAGAUGGUGCUUGGGCCUUCCAGGGGGAUGAUGCCAACGUAUUUGGCAAACACGUCGUCUUCACCGUCGUUUCUGACCCUGAUUUCGUGUUUGCCUGGUUUAAGUAAGAACGUGAAGCUGGAUCCGGAAAGCAGGUACAUGCGGCCUUGUGAGUAUGUUGGGUCUUUCUGGAAGAGGUGAAUAUGAUGUAGUUGGCUCAGACCCUGGUCAACUCUACCACCGAUACCACCAAUGACAACGGUGUCAGUAUCGCUGGGCUGUGUCUUUCUGAUCCAGGCAACUGCCUUGCCAAAGUCGGACGACUCUUGAUCAUCAUCCUUAAUCACCUCAGUAGCAUUUGGCUGAGAAGUGUAAAACUGACGGACAGUGGGGGUCAGAGAGUCGAGAUCACCAAUGAUGACUUGGAGAUUGGCCUAGAGGAAUUAGCUGCUAUCCUGUCCUGUUGAGGGCUAAGAAUUCCCACAAAUUUGCCAUGAAAUGUUGAAAUGGCAUGUAGACGAUUUGCGCCGCCGUCAGCAGCCACUCGAACAGCCGCUAUAUCAUGAUAUCAAGUCAGUUAGAGCGUGAGAUGUGGAGGUAAAGCGGCCGUACCAUUCUUCCAAAGUCGCCUGAGGUUGGCGCUGUUUUUGAGGGGCUGAUUGAGGAUCAGAAGAGCAUAGCUAUCUGUAGUAUCAUCCUCCUGAAGAAGGCGCGCGGGGUUCCAAUGGAAUGUCGAUAAAGUCGCCAUGUUGAAGUCGGUGUAUGCCACCCUUGUAGUUGGCUAUCUGUGCAGUUGCUGGUUGCGUUGCAGCUUAGAAAUUAUCUGCUUUGCUAUAAAUGAGAUGCGCUGAUCAAGUUCCCCGGUAUGCAAGAACUCCUAUUUUCAAUUGAUCACUUUGUGGCGUUUACUUUUGUGAUGAGAAUAUGCGACUGUCAC